UCCGGAGUCCUCCCGUAGCUAACGGAUCCUUGUCCUGGGUAGUGUCCGUGACGAGGUGAGGGGAUUUGCUCGGACGUUCCCUCUGAGGCUGCUGGACGCCGUGCGUCUCCCCACCUCCGGAGGCAGGAGUGAGAUUCCUUCCACCACCAGAUGUCUUUCUGCUUGACACAGCUGCACCUGUGGUCUUUGAAGAAAAACUUACACAUUGGAGAUAGAGACAUCGGGAUCUACCAGUAUUAUGACAAGAAAGAUCCACCAACAGCAGAGCAUGGUAACUUAGAAGAUAAGCAGAAGUUGGCAGAAUCACGAGAUUAUCCAUGGACGCUCAAAAACAGACGCCCAGAAAAACUUCGAGACUCACUUAAGGAGUUGGAGGAGCUGAUGCAAAAUAGUCAAUGUGUGCUGAGCAAAUGGAAGAACAAAUAUGUCUGUCAGCUCCUCUUUGGUUCAGGUGUGCUGGUGUCCCUAAGUCUUUCUGGGCCUCAGCUGGAAAAAGUGGUGAUUGACAGAAGCCUGGUGGGAAAGCUCAUCGCAGACACCAUCAGUGAUGCUCUCCUUACAGACAGCUUUAUCAUCUUGUCAUUUUUGGCACAAAGCAAACUAUGUUUUAUUCAGUUUACCAAGAAGAUGGGUUCUCCUGAUAUAAACAGAAGACUGGAAAAACUCUCAGCCUUGGAUUAUAAGAUUUCCUAUUACGAAAUACCUGGUCCAGUAAACAGAACAACGAAGCGUCGUCUAGCUAUCAAUUGUGUUCAGGAUAUGGUUGUUUGCUGGUGGCCACUGGUCAGUGAUGAUGCUUGGCCUUGGGCCCCAAUUUCUUUUGAGAAGGACAGAGCUAAUCUGCUGCUUCUGGGUUAUGCUCAAGGAAUGCUGGAGGUUCUGAGUUCUGUCCGCACAGAAUGGGAUCCGUUGGAUGUUUGCUUUGGCACCAAACAGCCUUAUCAAGUGUUCACAGUGCAGCACUCAGUCAGUGUAGACAAAGAGCCCAUGGCUGACAGCUGCAUCUACGAAUGUGUUCGCAACAAAAUCCAGUGUGUAUCCGUCACCAGAAUACCACUAAGAUCAAAGGCCAUUAGUUGCUGCAGGAAUGUUACUGAAGACAAACUGAUUCUGGGCUGUGAAGAUUCUUCAAUAAUUCUUUAUGAAACUCACCGUGGAGUGACUCUCUUAGCCCAGGCUGAACUGUUGCCGUCAUUAAUAAGCUGCCACCCAAGUGGUGCCAUUCUGCUAGUUGGCAGCAAUCAAGGGGAGCUGCAAAUUUUCGAUAUGGCUCUAUCCCCUAUUAACAUCCAGCUCUUGGCUGAAGACUGCUCACCCAGGGAGACUCUACAAUUCAAUAAAUUAUUUGAUGUCUCCAGCAGUCUUGUCCAAAUGCAGUGGAUAGCUCCUCAGGGUGUUUCUCAGAAGCCUGAAAGUGGGGAAAUCUAUAACCUCCUCUUCCUCAGGUUUGACAGAGGACCGUUGGGUGUUCUUUUGUUUAAACUUGGUAUCUUCACACAAGGACAGUUGGGCCUGGUAGACAUUAUCUUCCAGUACAUUCACUGUGGUGAGAUCUCUGAGGCAAUCAACAUCCUGAGCAGUAUGAACUGGGACACGCUGGGCCACCAGUGCUUCAUCUGUAUGAGUGCUAUUGUCAACCAUCUUCUUAGACAAAAGCUCACUCCAGAAACAGAAGCACAGCUUGAGGCAAGCCUUGGAACCUUCUAUGCUCCAACAAGACCACUACUGGAUACAACUAUAUUGGAAUAUAGAGACCAAAUCAGCAAAUAUGCAAGAAGAUUCUUCCACCACUUGCUCAGGUAUCAGAGAUUUGAAAAGGCAUUUCUGUUAGCUGUUGACAUUGGUGCUCGUGACCUGUUUAUGGAUAUCCAUUACCUUGCGCUAGAUAAGGGUGAAUUGGCACUAGCUGAAGUGGCCAGAAAAAGAGCUGGUGACAUUGAUGCAGAAUCAAUCAUCUCUGGAGCUGGUAUCUAGGAUGGAAGAAAGCACUCACUAUUUGAAGAUAACCUGAUACACACUAAAGUAGCAGUUAAAAAUACAAACAGUGACCCACAGGCCCGCCUGUAAUGGAGAAGGUGACAGAAACGCAUAGCCAGGACUCCCAGUUCAGAGCACAAAAGUGGUACAAUCCUCCAGCCAAGGCCCUGUCGCCCUGCCCCUCUACAAGCAACCCCCAGGCCCAUUGGUAAGAACACUGGUCCAUGGCAGAGGUGAAGCACACCCAGUAGAAGCCCCACCCACAAUAUCAUGACCCUGGAAUCCAAGUAUGGGAAGACAAAAAAACAGCCACAUGAGUCCUCUGGGAAUACUACAGCACAGAAACAGAGCAAAUCUCCAAAACACAAUCACAUAGAAGAUCUGUUCUUCCUAUCA